AUGAACCAAGAGACGGGAGAGGUACAUGGAUCUUCUUUUGCCGAACUUACCUACGCAAAUGUCGAUUUCAACACACCUUCCCCCGCCUCCAAAGACAAAUCAAGAACUACGUUACCAAGUCGAAGUCUUGGUGACCGAUAUAAGCCGCCAGUCUUCGGAGAGCCUACAGCUCUCAGGUCUGUAGUUUUCAAGCCUACAGCUUACCAGCCUAAUGUCUUCACUACACCCGAAUUGGCCCCAGACGCUAGGAGAGAGGUCGUGACAAAAGCCAGAGAUCCGAUUUUUCUGAAUAAGUCAACACGUCUCGAAGACCUACCAGCCCUCAGAGCACGCCUAGCAACUAUUCGUGACCUUCGCGAGCUAAACUACUCUGACGCAGAGAUCGAGACAAUGGUCUCGAAUAUGGACAAUGUCGGACUCUCCUUUCCUGACCUCCUGGAGAAGCUCAGAAACGGGCCACCGAGCGACAUCGCCACUAAGAAAGCAGAACGCGCUCAGAGCAACGUUGGUGUGCGACCGACGACUAGCACGACCCCCACAACACCUGUCAAACGCAAUGUGCCGACAUAUUCCCUCAAUCCCUCUGACGUGGAAGGUAGGAGGACUCAGCUGCCCGUCAGGAGCCGGGCAACUACAAAAACUGUCAAAUCGCGUUUCUCAGUCGAGAACCUCGCUUCGGUGCAAACGGAUCCCACUACUCGUGCCGAGUUGGAUAGGGUGUUGGCUAUGGACAAGUCCAAGGUUCCCAAAGAGAAGGUUCCCGAGGAAGAGUUUGAGACGCUGAACUUGGACUCGGACGAAGAGGAAUGGGACAAGAUCGACGUAGAGGAUGAGUGGGAAGUUGUCGAUGAUCCGAGAGUAGAAAUGGAGAAGAACCAGGGUUGA